UGUGCGCAUGCGCAGUCGUCAGAGCGGAAGCGACGCAGAGCAGCUCGGUGUUUUUAUUUGUGUUUCUUUGAGUCUCCGGUGGAACGCGAUGGCCGGAACCGCGCUGAAGAGACUCAUGGCGGAGUAUAAACAGCUGACUCUGAAUCCACCUGAGGGGAUCGUUGCAGGUCCAGCCAAUGAGGAGAACUUCUUUGAGUGGGAGGCCCUCAUCAUGGGUCCUCAGGACACGUGUUUUGAAGGCGGCGUGUUUCCUGCCUUGCUCAGUUUUCCCUCUGAUUAUCCUCUCAGUCCUCCGAAGAUGAGGUUCACCUGCGACAUGUUUCACCCCAACAUCUACCCCGAUGGGCGGGUGUGCAUCUCCAUCCUUCACGCCCCAGGAGACGAUCCGAUGGGAUAUGAGAGCAGCGCCGAGCGGUGGAGUCCGGUGCAGAGCGUGGAGAAGAUCCUGCUGUCGGUGGUCAGUAUGUUGGCAGAACCCAACGAUGAGAGUGGAGCGAAUGUUGACGCCUCUAAAAUGUGGCGCGAGGACAGAGAGCAGUUUUACAAACUCGCCCAGAACAUCGUACGCAAGUCACUGGGCCUUUAAAGAUGAUGUCAUCACCCUGCAACAAUGAUGACGUCACCCUGAGAUGAUGAUGUCAUCAAACUGAGCCGAGCACUCUGUUCGUUUUAGUACCCCCCCCCCGCCCCCCCCCUGCUUCUGGUAACCAGCCCUCAUCACCAUGGAAACCCACUCGCACACUGAGUGCUGCUGAUCAAAGGAUCGAUGGACGAGUGGAGCCAAUCAGAGCGUUUCCAUCUAAAUGUGACAAUUAUGCAAAACUACCAAACACGCGUCAUGUGACCCUCCCCAUGAUGAUGUCACCACCUCCUGUAUGGAUCACUUCACACCUGGACGACAUGGACGACAUGGACGAUUUUAAAUUAAACAGUAAUCAUCUAAUUAAUAUCUGAACCAAUGUCAUGUGACCUCUAGCUCCUCCUCGCCUGUAGAUGAAGCAAAGUGUCGUGAAUCUAGAGAAACAGAAUCAGUUGGAUCCAGCGAUUCUGAGCUCUGUGGCGCCCUCUACAGGAAUCCUCCAGCAACACGUGUGCUGCAGAGACGAGUUUGUCAUCGGUCGGAAAGAAAUCGCUGCUCUGUUCCUUGUUCGUCAUAUUUUCUGUAACCAAGCAACCUUCCGCAGAGGAGACAACCUACUUCCUGUUGAACACGUGACCAUUCACGUACUCUGGUCGUGUGGCGUAGUGUGGGCGGAGCCUGAGUGUGAUGUCAUCUUCAGCUGACCAAGUGGAAGCGUGUGGACGGAGGGUUUCAGAACAUCUGGAUCAGACUUUCAAUAAUCUACCAUUUACGUUCAUUAAAUCAUCUAAUUUAUUAAGUCAAAUGCUGGUAAAGGGAAAAAAAGAUCUUCCCUCAAAACAAGAGAUUAAAGUUGAAUCAGUAACAGAAAGAUUAAGAUACAGAUACAGAAAGUGUCCGAUGGAGCGUUUGAGCUUCAACAGGAUCUGAACACGCGUCGCCUUCAGGUGAAAGUUUUAUCAUGAUGAGUUUCUGCUGCUGCGGUGAAACCAUCCCAGUGACUCUACGCACUUUAUCUCUUCCCACUGACCCGAGAGCUCCCUGAGGACAAGUCUGCUUUUACAUUUCUUCUUUUAAAAACGUCUUCUUGUUCUUUGUCUGGUUUUUGUUAAAGCGACGACAGACGGGACGAGGGACAGGGAAGCUUUGUUUGUUUUAAAUUGUUGAUUCUAAAGUUUAAUCGAAUAAACGAGGGAAGAGAAA